UUUUGGAAACUUGUGAAAAUUAAACCUGCUGGUGGAACUGCACUUCUGAAAGAAAAGUCUCAUAAAGGAUUGAUUAUGCUUUUUCCAAAUAUCUCAAAGGAUUUGACUGAUUGCUCUGAGUUUGGAAACAGAUCCUGUCCUGAGAACUUUAGGUCAGCAGGAAUACGAGGAGUAAUGUAUUUAUCCAUAACAGCAGUCUUCAUUCUCACCAUCUUUGGAAAUCUGGCCAUAAUCAUUUCCAUCUCAUAUUUCAAGCAGCUCCAUUCUCCAACCAAUUUCCUCAUUUUAUCCAUGUCUGUAACAGAUUUUCUGAUGGGCUUUGCCGUUAUGCCCUACAGUAUGGUGAGGUCUGUAGAGAACUGCUGGGUUUUUGGGAUUAUAUUCUGCAAGAUUCAUUACAGUUUUGACUUGAUGCUCAGUUUAGUUUCCAUUUUCCACCUUUGCUCCAUUGCUGUGGAUCGGUUUUAUGCAGUCUGCCACCCUCUGCAUUACCCCAGCACCAUGACUGCAGCAGCCAUAAAACAAAUCGUGGCUGUGUGCUGGUCAGUGCCUGCUGCUUUUGCUUUUGGGGUGGUUUUCUCAGAAGCUUAUGCUUCUGGAAUUGAGGGAUAUGCAAUGCUGAUUAAAUGCUUGGGGUUGUGCCCGAUUGUGUUCAACAAACUGUGGGGGGCUUUUUUAUUUACAGUUGGUUUAUUUGGUCCUGCUUGCAUUAUGAUAGGGAUUUAUGUUAAAAUUUUUACUGUCUCCCAAAGGCACACACUGCAGUUGAGUCAGGCACCCAGGCUCUCGAAAAAUAAUCAGAAACAUGAGCUUUCUAAGAAUAAAGAAAGGAAAGCUGCUAAGACUUUGAGUAUUGUUAUGCUGGGUUUCUUAAUAUGUUGGUUUCCUUGUUUUUUUGCAAUCUUAAUUGAUCCGUUUUUAAAUUUUUCCAGUCCUUUGCCUCUGUUUGAUUCUCUAAACUGGCUUGGAUAUCUAAAUUCUUUCUGCAAUCCAUUAAUAUAUGGAUUUUUCUAUCCAUGGUUUCGGAAAACAUUUAAAUAUAUCUUAGAAGGCAAAAUAUUAAAUCCACAUUUUCGUACAAUAAAAAUUUUAUCUGAAGAUCAGUCACAGUAAUAGAUUCUACUUGUGAGAGUAGCUCUAGAAAUGAAGAAGAAACAGUGGAUUACUGAAUAUUUAUGUUUCAGUAUGAGUGCGAUAUGAAAUGUAUGAGUCAGUCCUGUAGAAUUCUUUUUAAUUUCAGAAACUAUUUACAUACAGCGUAUAAACUCAUUAUUUCACCUAAUCUUGUAUUUAUGCAGCUAGUCUUUCUUAGGGUUCACUCUUAAUAACCCUAUACUGAACAUAUCCCAGGUUCAUAUAGUGAGAAAUUUGUCACCCUUUUAUGAAGGGGGCAUUAGCAGAUGUAUAGUCUCUUGCUAUUCUCAAGUAAAUAGAACA